CACUGCUCAUAUCCCCUUUGAAUUCACGCAAUUUCACUAUGAACGGGGCUCAGGAUUCGGCCUCUGUUGCGGCCUCGUCCCAGUCGGCGCAAAGACAGGUGCGAGUGCAGCUUGUUAGCAAGCAAGAAGAUAUUGCGCUGCCUGAGAAUACCGGCCCCAUUUUGGUUCCCACAGGCCUGCGGAGAUAUGCGCUUUCCACUUUGGUGAACAACCUCUUGAGCAACGAAAAGCCGAUCCCGUUUGAGUUUUUGAUCAACGGCGCAUUCCUUCGAACUUCGAUUGAUGAAUAUUUGACCGCCAAUGGCAUCUCUGCGGAAACGACCCUGGAGAUCGAAUACAUUAGAGCACUAAUUCCCCCGCUGCAUAUUGCCUCAUUCGAGCACGAUGACUGGGUUGGCUCGGUGGAUGUGCUCUCUGCGACCUCGCCCGCCGCUUCUUGGGCCUCUGCGGCCAUUUCGCAAGGCCAGGAAAGGAUCCUGUCUGGAAGCUACGACGGUCUUCUUCGCGUGUGGAACAUGUCUUCUCAAAUAGUCGCAACCUCCCCAUCUCCCGCCGAUGGAGGACACACCGCUUCGAUCAAAGCUGCCAAGUUCGUUUCGCCAACUUCGAUCGUCUCGGCCGGUCUUGAUCGCACCGUGCGGCUGUGGAAGUAUGCAGAGAGCGAGGAUGGCUUUUCCGGAAAGAUUUCUCCUCAGAUUGAUCUCUACGGCCAUAAGUCUGGUGUCAACUCGUUGGCCGUGCAUGCGCCUUCGAACCGCAUUCUAUCCGCCUCAUCGGACCAUACCGUUGGCUUCUGGUCGACAAAGAAGUCGGAUGCCCCUGCUGCGCCCGAGAACCUGGUUCCUUCUGCUGCAUCGCGAAGCUCCAAGCGCAGAAAGGUGACGUCUUCUGUCAGCACCCCUCAGCGUGGUCCGCUGGCACUGCUGUCAUCCCACACUGCACCGGUGUCGGCUGCGAUCUUUGAUGCCAAAGACUCUACAGUCGGCUAUUCUACUUCUUGGGAUCACUCCCUGCGUACGUGGGACUUGGUUACUGCUGCCUUGGUUGACACCAGAACAACAUCUCACUCGCUGCUUUCUCUCGAGCAUCUCCCCGAACACCACCUUCUUGCGACCGGAACUUCCGCCCGUCACAUCACCCUCAUUGAUCCCCGCACAUCAGCUACGACCAUCUCCACUAUGACCCUAAGAGGCCACACUAACGCUGUGGUUUCAUUGUCCCGUGAUCCUCACAGCAGCUACGGUCUUAUUAGCGGAAGUCACGAUGGUACCUGUCGGAUUUGGGAUAUUCGGUCUACCAAGACCGACAAGGAUGGUGUCGUUGGUGAAAGUGUAUACUCGAUCACCCGGAGAAGCCUGGAGGAGCAAGGCAAAGUGGACGUCAAACGAGUGGGUGGAGAGGGAGUCAAGGUCUUCGGUGUGUGCUGGGACCGUUCAGUUGGAAUUGUCAGUGCGGGUGAGGACAAGAGGAUCCAAAUCAACAGGGGAGAAGGAGUGUUGUCUUCCGCAUAAGAGAAAAAUGCACAUAUGGUUUUGGCGUUCUGCUUCUAGGAUGAAAAGUUUGGUUCUGGCUAUGGUUGAACAAGCUUUGUAUAAGCCGGUGUUACCUUUUACCCGC